AUGUCGAAACCUGAAAGUACUGAGCAGAGACAAAAUGGCCUUAAAAUGGUGGACCAAGCAAUAUGGUCCAAAAAGAUGUCAAAUGGCGCAAGACGUAUACCAGUGUCACCUGAUCAGGCCAGGUCAUACAACAGACAGAUGCGGCCAGCUAUUUUAGAUCACAGCUCUGGAGCCAAGUGGACAAACACAUCAAAUCAUCCUGAGGUUUUGGUAGGAGAAGAGGCACUCUACGUUAAUCCACUAGAUUCUUAUAAUAUACAUUGGCCUAUUAGAAGAGGACAGUUGAAUCUCCACGCAGGACCUGGUGGCUCCCUCACUGCAGUAUUAGCAGACCUUGAAGUUAUAUGGUCACAUGCAAUACAAAAAUAUCUGGAAAUACCACUGAAAGACCUAAAGUACUACAGAUGCAUUUUACUAAUUCCAGACAUCUAUAACAAGCAACAUGUGAAAGAACUGGUAAAUAUGAUCCUAAUGAAGAUGGGCUUUUCAGGAGUUGUUGUACACCAGGAGUCUGUCUGCGCUACUUUUGGAAGUGGUUUAAGCAGUGCAUGUAUAGUAGAUGUGGGAGAUCAGAAGACAAGUGUUUGCUGUGUAGAAGAUGGUGUUUCCCAUCGCAACACCAGGCUGUGCCUUGCAUACGGAGGAUCUGAUGUGUCAAGGUGUUUCUAUUGGCUUAUGCAACGCGCAGGAUUCCCGUACCGAGACUGUCAGUUAACUAACAAGUUGGACUGCCUGCUGCUUCAGCACCUAAAGGAGACAUUUUGUCACCUGGACCAGGAUAUUUCUGGAUUGCAAGACCAUGAGUUCCAGAUUCGUCAUCCAGAUUCUCCAGCUUUAUUAUACCAGUUCCGACUAGGAGAUGAAAAAUUACAGGCUCCAAUGGCUCUGUUUUAUCCAGCAACUUUUGGAAUUGUUGGACAAAAAAUGACAACUUUGCAACACAGAUCACAAGGUGACCCUGAGGAUCCUCAUGAUGAACAUUACCUGCUAGCCACACAAAGUAAGCAGGAGCAGUCUUCAAAAGCUACAGCGGAUAGAAAAUCUAUGUCAAAGCCUGGUGCGUUUGAGGGAGACUUGAGAGGCCAAGCUUCAGACAUCUCAGAGAGGAUCUACCCCCAAGAAGUGGAACUGGGAUCUUCCCAGAGUGAUUGUAUGAUGCCUGGGAAUGAUUCAGAGGAACCUUUAACUGCACACACGUCCAGGAAAACAGCGAUUUCUCAGUUUGAAGGCAAAGCCUUAGGCCUUGACAAAGCCAUUCUUCAUAGUAUUGACUGCUGUGCAUCCGAUGAUACAAAAAAGAAGAUGUACAGCUCCAUCUUAGUAGUAGGAGGAGGCCUUAUGUUUCAUAAAGCUCAAGAGUUUCUUCAACACCGAAUUCUCAACAAAAUGCCACCCUCUUUCAGAAGAGUUGUUGAAAAUGUUGAAGUCAUCACAAGACCUAAGGAUAUGGAUCCCCGCUUAAUUGCAUGGAAAGGAGGUGCCGUUUUAGCCUGUCUUGAUACAACUCAGGAGCUGUGGAUAUAUCAGCGAGAGUGGCAGCGUUUUGGUGUCAGAAUGUUACGAGAGCGAGCUGCCUUUGUAUGGUAACGGAACAGUGGAACAUGAUUAACUGAGGAUUCCUUUCCCCAAAUGCCCUGGUUUUCCAGUGCAGGUAUACUGAUCUUCUGCUGAUAGAUAUUUUUGUAUUUUAUUAAAACUAACUUCAACUGAAAUUUUUUCCA